GUCACACCCGUGCUACUGUCUCACACAGACUCAUCUUGACAUUCUGAGGGAGAUGCAUGCCUACAUCAGAGGAGCAUCAGCAUCCACGGCAGGACAAUAGCUGCUACCAUCGCUGAUACAAAUACAUGCCCAGGACUACAGAGAGCACAUCAAGCUCCAACGGAAGGACAGCACCGUUUCAGAAAGGGCACCACAGCCCCAGUAGAAGAGGGGACAAAAAAAUCUCUAAUCCACUACAGGAGGAGAGGGAUUACUCUAUUUCUAAGGACCUGAAAGAGGACGUAUACAUUGCACUGGGCUGAGCUACUAUUACUCCCUGCCUUCAACCCUUAAAACCUGCCCUUCUGGGUUUAUGUGCUGCGCUGCUGCUUAGCUCUUCCUCUCAGUACACGGAGAUCCACUCACUCUCUCUUGCUGUGCCCUGGCUGCUGCGAGCUGCCAGCGCUGCUAGGUAAGGCGAACCUCCGAGUAGUGUAAAAAAUACAAACCCAAAAAAAAAAAAAAAAAACAACAACCCUGCUUUAGUGUGUGACCAUGAGUGAGGCUAAGAAAGGUGAACUAGCAAUCCGGGACAAAGCCAUCCUGCACCAGCAGAGGCGUCUGAAGCAGGCCACCCAGUUCACACACAAGGACUCGGCUGACCUCCUGCCCCUGGACGGGCUAAAAAGACUGGGCACAUCCAAAGACCUGCAACCUCAUAGCAUCGUCCAGCGCCGUCUCUUGGAGGGCAACAUCACGCGGCUGCGAGGGGAGGCCCGGGACCCCAGCGCCAGGGUUCGCUCCCCACUGGCGGACAACAAGGAUGGAGCCGCCGACGCCGAGGAGAAGAGCGAGAGCACGGCUGACGACUCCACAGAGGAGAGGGAGUCUCCGGAGGAAAGCGAGAGGAGCCUGCGGUCGGACGAGGAGGAUGACAGCAGCGAAGCCGGGGCCAGACAGAUAGCUGAGAAGAGCGAGGGCACGGGGAGCCUGACCCCCCUCACCGCCCUUCUCAUUCAGUGCAAGUGCUGUGAAACUGAAGUCAAGGCAUCCAUCAACACUGGCAGCCAACACAACCACAUCUCCACCUCCUGCUGCCGGAGGCUGGGACUGGUGCCCAGUCAGGACAGUUCCCCAUGUGGUCUGACUGGUUCCGUGACGGGUCUGCAGCUGCAACUGGGCAGACAGCGGGUCCAAUGUUCAGCCUAUGUCAAAGAGGAUGAGGCGUUUGAGCUGUGCCUGGGUCUUCAGACUCUGCUGGAACUCAAAUGCUGCUUGGACCUGAGCAGUCGGGUCCUGAAGCUGCAGGACUGCGGGGAGGAGCUGCCCUUCCUGAAGCCGCAGUCCGACAGCCAGUGCCAUCACGACACCAACGAGAACCUGUGAGCCUGAUCGAAGGGCGACGGCCACCUCCUCGCAUCCUGCUCUCGACUGGCUGCACAGCAACGUGACGUGAUGCAGUUCGUGUCUGGACUGUCUGAUCACAGUGUCUCGCACUGCCAGAACAUGGAUGAGCAUCUGCCACCGUCGUUCUUCAGUUUACAUCAUUGUGUUUGUAGAAUUAAGACAUGCACAAUUCAUGAUUAUGUCCUAUAUUAAAUUAGUCUAGAUUUACGGAGCAGAUGGAAGCCAAUCAGAGAGAGUGCGACCUUUCUGAAUCGGAUCAUUCUUCAUGAUCGUAUACUCAAACCAAUUGUGAGCUGCUAUAGAAAGCACUGAUACUCAAGGGCAAAACCAUGAUUAUCAUUUUAAAUGAAUAUAGUGAUUUGUGACUUGGUUGUAUAAAAUUACUUAGAAUCAUCUAGUAAACAACAAAACUGUUUUAUUAUACUUCGAAAUCAGUUCUGCUUUGAAUUGACAUGGCUCGUCCCAAAGUGAUGGUACUCAGGAACUGUGUUUAAAGGAAACGUGAAACGCCUUGACAUUUUUAGAGGUCUUACAUAACUAGGUGUCCAUCAGGCUACCUUGUUAAGGGACAGGAUCAGAUUCACAUCUACAACGCUUGUUAGAGAUGUGAAGAGAACAGCAUUAUUUCUGAACUCCAUUAAGCCAUAUAAAGCCCCUUCUCUCUUGCUUUCCACAUCAGACGACUGAUGUAGUUGGUUUCCCAAAUCAGGAGCAGAUUCCAGACUGUUACGUUGGCCUAAAUUAAAAUUAGUUCUCCAUUAGUCUUUUUUUUUUUUUUUUUAUGUUAAAAUAGGCUUCAGGCCAGCCUAACACAUUUGAGUCAGACUCAACGACAGAAAUAUCAAAACAUUCCAUCUGCAUGACUUUGUAAAGUUCUGCUUUUGUAUAAGUCUGCAUGUUUGUUUAAAUGUGUGAUUGUGUCCCGUUGAAAGUGUGUAUGUCUGCAGGGACUGUGUGUGUACAUGUCUGUAUGCGUGCCUUCUCGUGUGCAUGUGUGUGCGUGUUGGAGUCAAAACGGGGCUGCUUCGAAAUGGCCAGCGUUUCACAUGGGAAAAAGAAAAGGUCCUAUAUCUGUAACCACCGAGUCCACCGAGCUCCGGUUAGAACAAGCUGCCAAAAGCUGACCCGAGCUGCCUUCCCUUUUCUCUUUCAGGAGAUUUUAAUCACAAGGCUGAGGCUCUGUUCUUUGCCAAGGCCGCCCUCAAUGUUUGGUUAAGCAUCUUUCUAGCUUUCUCUUUAUUCAUAAGACCGGUCUUCUUUGUAGAUUUUAUCCUCUUGUACCACUCGUUUGCUGAGGUUAUUCACUUUGACACAUCAGGAUUGCCUGAAUUGGUCUUUCAUGAAGCGCUGACAUGGACUCAGUGGGCACCAGCCUGUUGUGAGAGAAACAAAAAAGAGCUACUCUGCCCUCCUCACUACCGUGCCACCUGGCUCUCUUGUCUCCAUGCGCUUUCGUUGUGCGGAGAACCAAGGAAUGCCUCGGUUGUGCUUACAGAAGGCCAUCA